GCUCAACUCUCUAACCAAAGUUUCUCUUGUCUCGUGCUUUCUGUAAUCCAUAGAAUUGUCAAUUGGUUAAACUUGCAAAAAUGUUCGGCGGUUCAGCUCCAAUUUUGGUUUUAAGUCAAAAUACAAAAAGAGAAUCUGGUAGAAAGGUUCAGGUGGAGAACAUUGCUGCCGGAAAAGCUAUCGCAGAUGUGAUUCGAACAUGUUUGGGGCCACAAGCAAUGUUAAAGAUGUUAAUGGACCCAAUGGGAGGAAUCGUAAUGACCAACGAUGGAAAUGCUAUCCUGAGAGAGAUCACAGUACAACAUCCUGCUGGGAAGUCCAUGAUUGAGAUUGCAAGGACUCAAGAUGAAGAGGUUGGAGAUGGAACAACAUCAGUCAUUGUUCUAGCCGGUGAGAUGUUAGGAGUGGCUGAACAGUUUUUGGAGCAGAAUAUGCAUCCAACAGUGAUCAUAAAGGCCUACAGACAGGCAUUGGAGGAUAUGGUGGAGAUCUUGAAGGAUAAAGUCAGUGUGCCAUUGGAUGUGAACAACAAGGAGAAGCUGGCAGAAGUAGUCAAGUCAUGUGUCGGCACCAAGUUUAUCGGACGCUGGGCAGAUAUGGCAUGUAAAAUUGCAUUAGACGCUGUCAAAACUGUCAUGUUGGAGGAGAAUGGUCGACGUGAGAUUGACAUCAAGCGAUACGCUCGAGUUGAAAAAAUCCCUGGUGGAAGCAUAGAGGAGUCAGAAGUCCUCAAUGGUGUCAUGAUCAACAAAGAUGUCACCCACCCGAAGAUGCGACGGCACAUAAAAAAUCCUCGGAUCCUUUUAUUAGACUGUACCUUGGAGUACAAAAAGGGCGAAAGCCAGACAAACAUUGAAAUAAUGAAUGAGUCAGAUUUCACUAGGAUACUACAGCUUGAGGAGGAAUACAUUGAGAAAGUCUGCUCAGAUAUAAUCGCUCUGAAACCUGAUGUUGUAUUCACAGAAAAGGGAGUCUCCGAUCUGGCUCAACAUUACUUGGUCAAGGCAAACAUCUCGGCAGUUCGUAGAGUCCGUAAGUCAGACAACAACAGGUUGGCGCGAGCGUGUGGUGCGACAAUCGUCAACCGAACUGAGGAGCUCAGGGAGGAAGAUGUCGGCACCAAAGCUGGAUUGUUUGAAAUCAAAAAGCUUGGUGACGAGUACUUCUGCUUCGUCACAGAGUGCCAGGACCCAAAGGCUUGCACCAUCUUGUUGCGAGGCGCGAGUAAGGACAUGCUCAACGAGACGGAGCGCAACCUGCAGGAUGCACUCCACGUGGCACGCAACAUCAUGCUGGAGCCCAAACUGGUGCCCGGCGGCGGGGCUGUGGAGAUGGCUGUGUCCAAGGCUCUGCUAGAGAAGGGCAAGACUGUGGAGGGAGUGGCGCAGUGGCCGUACCGCACUGUGGCGCAUGCCUUGGAAGUGAUACCUCGCACACUAGCACAGAACUGUGGCGCAAACACCAUCCGCACGCUCACGGCCCUCCGUGCUAAACAUGCCACUGGUGGUACUACCUGGGGCAUCAACGGAGAGACAGGAGCCAUUGUUGACAUGAAGGAACUGGGCAUCUGGGAGCCCCUGUCUGUCAAGCUGCAGGUCUACAAAACUGCUGUUGAGACUGCCAUUUUGCUGUUGAGAAUCGAUGACAUUGUCUCGGGCUCAAAGAAGAAAGACAGAGACGGAGCUCCUCAACAAUCCGCUCAGCCCACAGAAGAAUCAAUGAAAGAGUGAACAUCAAUUUUGCAUCUCUGUUGGAACAAUUUUGUAACUGAUUAUUUAUGUUUCUUUUUUAUACGAUUAACAGAACGGUGCUUUAUUAAUUUUACCUCUUUCAAAUUGCAUUUAGUUAACAUUAAUGUUAAGUUGUUUCUGCCGGUCAGUUCCAGAUCUCUUGUUCUUUGUUGCUAUAUAACCUUUUUUUACUUUAAGCACAAUCUAAUAUUUCUAAUGUGAUGAUGGUUGGAAGGCUGAUCAAAUUUUGUAACAGUGUAUUGUACUAAAAGUAUUAAAAACUACGCUGUAAGUGCCUAA